AGCGGCACCGUCGACAUGUAGCUGCGCCGGGGAGACUUCCUUCCGCUCGUGCUCCUCGCCCUAGUCGCCGAGGCGUUAGUGUUAGCGAGAUAGGCCUACAAGCGGGUGUACUGUUUUUCUUCCUUAGGCCCAACAGGAGUGUGCAGUGAGUGAUGUAUAACUUAAGUCAAAACGCAACAAGUACCUGAGAAAUAAGAUAUAUUUUAUAAAUGUAUAUGUCUGUGUAUAUAUAUGAAUAAAAGAGAGCACCCAAAACCUUAACAAAUAACAAACAAAAGCCAAAGAGAGACAAAAUAAAUAGACCGAUAGACAAACUUCACCCAAAAAACAAAGAGACAAUGAGGGCGAAAGCGUCUUACCCUGAAGGACGCCGAAGACUCCUGAUGGCGGUGUUGAGUUUCCUUUCGCUGAUGGUGUUAGCGCCGGUUGCUGUGGCCCAGUACAAGACGGAGCGGCCGCCAUAUCCGGACUUCCUUAAUUACGGAAAGAAAAAGUUCACCAAACCCGGAAUCGAACUGGAGAAUGAGAUUAUCAAGUCCAAAGUCGAGGUUUUGGGCGAGAUCCUCAAGAGCCACGUCCAUCAGCUGAGACAGGCACCGGGCCAGAGAGUGGAGCUGGUGUUCCUCGUCGACGCCUCGGCCUCCGUCGGCGCCGAGAACUUCUUCAACGAGAUCAAGUUCGUCAAGAAGCUGUUGGCGGACUUCGCCGUCUCGUAUAACCAGACCCGGGUCGCUGUCAUCACGUUUUCGAGCAAGAGCAAGGUGAUCAGACACAUCGAUCACGUGACCCAAGCAUCCCCGGACAACCACAAAUGCACCCUUUUAGAGACGGAAUUGCCAAGGAUCAAGUACUCAGGUGGCGGAACCUACACCUUGGGAGCAAUGUUGGAAGCUCAGAGUGUCCUCGCCCUCGCCCGCAACGACGCCCGCAAAGCCGUGUUCCUGGUGACGGACGGAUACAGCAACGGCGGCGACCCAAGACCCGCGGCCGCUUUCCUGCAGGCUCGGGGCGUCACCAUCUUCACCUUCGGCAUCAGGAAUGGCAAUGUCAAGGAACUGUAUGACAUGGCGUCUGUGCCCAAGGAGGAACACUCUUACAUUCUCGACACCUUUGAGGAGUUCGAAGCCCUGGCGAGGAGGGCUCUCCAUGAAGACUUGCACAGCGGCUUCCUCAUCCAUCAGCCUCCUCGGACGUGUGGGAAGCUGUGCGAGGAAGGAACCUACUGCUGUGACGCCGACGCAGCCUGCACGUGCGACACCCACACGGGACACUACGCCUGCACGUGUCGGAAGGGUUAUUAUGGCACGGGGAUUCUGGGCGACUGCAGACCGUGUCCCCCUGGUACCUACCGCACGCACCAAGGGCCUGGCGACGUGUCCUCUUGCUCGCCGUGUCCCGACCCGCACAUGGUGAGCGACGCGGCCUCCACCUCGGCCCAGCAGUGCUAUUGCAAGAGGGGUUUCAAGCAAGUGGGACAGGAGUGCCUCAUGCUGCAGUGCCAAGUGCUCGCGCCUCCUGAAAACGGCUACUUCGUGCGCAACACUUGCAACAACGUGGUCAACGCGGCGUGCGGCGUGCGUUGUAAUCCUGGCUACACCCUCAAGGGCUCCUCCAUCAGGAUGUGCGGCGAGAAUGGCGAAUGGACGGGAUGGAACGCCCGAUGUGUCAUGAAAUCCUGUCAAAAGCUCAAGCCCAUGGCCCACGGGACGAUGGUGUGCACGCAGCCCACGCCCAUCAUGGACACCGAAUGCCACUUCACCUGCGAUCCGGGAUACCAGCUCGUGGGGUCCAAGAUGAGGACCUGCCUGCCGGUGGCCAUGUGGGACGGGAUACCAGCUUAUUGCAAACCCAUCUUCUGCCCGCGCCUCCCCCCUCUCCUCAACGGCAGGAUCCGACCCGGCUCCUGCUCCUCCUCGAAGUCCAAGUACGGGUCGAGGUGCGAGUUCGCCUGCGACCCCGGCUACCAGAUAAGCGGACCGAUUAAGACCACUUGCAUCGACCCCGGAGUGUGGUCGGAGGGCCAUAAGUCCCCACGGUGCGUAGACAUAACUCCGCCAGUGAUUCAGUGUCCAGAGAACAUAACAACAGAGACUGAACCAAACGAAGUCUAUGCGAAUGUCACAUGGAAUCCACCACAUGUAAAAGAUAACUCCAAGGGCAAGAUAAAAUUACACACAGUCCCCGCCACCAGCCAGCCCAUGAAAAUGAAAAUAGGGAACCACACCAUUACUUACGUCGCCAUGGACAAACUAGGGAACAAAGCAUCAUGCGAAUUCUCGGUCACCGUUGUAGACAAGGAACCGCCACGGAUAGACGAGUGCCUGUCCCCGCCUGUCUUCCUGUCCUACGAGGAGGUGGUGGACGUGUACUGGGAGGAACCCGUAUUUUCGGAUAAUUCGGGAGUUGACGUGAAGAUAACGCGAUCCAAGGAGCCCGGGCAGUUCCCUCAAGGAGACACCAUGGUCGAGUACUGGGCGGAAGACGCGGCAGGCAACGUGGCAACUUGCAACAUAACCAUCACCGUUCAAAAACACGCCUGCCAGAUGCCCGUGGACCCUAUCAACGGAGCGGCCAACUGCACCGAGAAUCCUGACGCCGUUUUCUGUACUCUCACCUGCGACGACAGCUACGCCUUCGCCAUGAGGCCCCAGCAGGACUACUUCUGCGCCUACGAUGGGAUGUGGCUGCCCGACGAGAAUCCGAUGCCCUUCCCAGACUGCUCGGUGACGUCCGUGUCAAACAGCAUCUCCCAGUACGGCGAGAUGGCAAUGGGAGAAGAAGAUGAUUCAAUCUGCGACGACAUCUUCUUCAUGGGACAGGUUGAAAAUCAGCUAGAAAAGAAACUGGAAGACGCACUUACGGCCAUGUGUUCUGAUGACGUGGUGUGCGAGGUGGCGGCGGUGGAGGCCGUGUGCGAGAGCAUCCUCGCCGACGCAGAGGAAGAAUUCAACUCCAUUGGAUUCUUCAGGAGGAGAAGGUCGGCGGAAGAAGACGCCCUGAACCGAUACUGGCCCCAGCGACACUCCGAGGCAGGCUGGCUGUACUGGCAGAGGGGCGCGGCGGGCGUGGCGGGAGGGAGGGUCAAGCGAGACACUCUUCUGCGGGAGUUCGAUGUGCUCGACGACAUCCAGCGGUGGAAGAGGCAGUUCGGCCUGACGAUUCAACAGUUUCUCGGCGAGAAGACGACGACUCAGGCCCCGGCCACCAGUAGGGGCGAGAACUACCUCGGAGUCCUCAUCGACCUUAUCUCCAAAUCCCUCGCCUCCGACGUCAGCAUGGUGCGCUUCAACUCCUUCCUCACCAAACUGAGUCCUCAUGAGGGUGACUUCACAACCAACGACUUCCUCCAGGCUUUCUCGGAGGAGUUCGGCGAGGACAAGACCAAACGACUCCGCGAACUGGCCGGCAAGCAGCUGAGUGGCAUGAAGAUCCCGGGGCUUCAUCCUGUUGACGAAACGCAGGCCAAAAAUCGCACAGCGAGGGACAACGACAGUGAUCCUUUCCCCUCGUUCCCCGGCGAUGAAAUCUCGUCGAAUGACUACAAUGUCGACUACGGUUCCCCUUCCAUCAUCUUCCCUGGGGACCUCGAUCCGACGACGACCGCGCCCCCUGAGGGCAAGAAAACUUUCAAGAUACGAUUCACUGUAGAAGGUCACGGUUCAGGAGCGAAGGACCAGGUAGGAGAUGCCAUGGAUGGCCUUCUUAAAGCUGCGGGCGAUGGCCAGCUAGACGUGAACUUUGGCCAACGGCAGCUCCGCGUGGCGGCCAUAAGGCUCAAGGAAAACCCAGAAUACCUUUGCGAACCCGGGAGCGUCUCGCAGGGUGACAAGUGCGUGAAGUGUCCUGUUGGUACCUUCUUCAACGUGGUGCUGAAGGAGUGCCAGCCGUGCCCGAGAGGUUCAUUCCAGCCUCAAGAGGGCCAAGUGUCAUGUAUCGUAUGUCCCUCCAACACCUCCACGAAAGUUAGCAGUGCCAAGAGUGAUCAGGACUGUAAAGCCCAGUGUCUGCCGGGGUCCUUCUCCGACGACGGGCUGGAGCCGUGCGUGACGUGCGACCUCGGCCAGUACCAGGACGAGUACGCCUCUCUCUCGUGCGCUUCUUGUCCGCAUAACACCACGACCUGGAGGAGAGGUUGCUGGGUCAUCGAGGAGUGCCAGCCGGCCUGUCCCCCUGGCGCAGUGUCCGAGACGGGGCUGCAGCCUUGCUUCGACUGUCCCGUUGGCUUCUUCCAGGAGAAGAGCGGCCAGACCGAGUGCUUCAGGUGCCCCCAUGGCGCAGAGACUGACGGCCAAGGCUCCACCUCCUUGUUCCAAUGCCAUGGCGUCACUGAGGGAGAUCAGGCGGCGCACACCAGCCUGGACACCCUGACCAUCAACGACUGCUUCAGCACACCUUGCCUCAACGGCGGGUCUUGCAGCCCCUUAGACUUCGGAUACGUGUGCCAGUGUAUUCCCGGGUAUUCAGGCCAGCAGUGCGAGACCGAGAUCGACGAGUGCGAGAGCGACCCCUGCUUCAACGGGGGGACUUGCAUCGACAUGCUCGACGCCUUCCACUGCGAGUGUCCGCCAGGCUUCACGGCCUCCCAGUGCGACGUCGACAUCAACGAGUGUGAGCCCGACCCCUGCCAGAACGGCGGCACCUGCGCCGACCUCACUGAUUCGUUCAAGUGUAUCUGUCAGAGUGGCUACACUGGCGAGGUGUGCGACAUAGACAUCGACGAGUGCGCCACCACCCCAUGCGCAGGGGGGGCGACGUGCGAGGACCGCCUCAACGACGUGCUGUGCGUGUGUCCCCCGGGCGUGACGGGGCGGUACUGCGAGACGCCCAUCAACGAGUGUGAGUCCUCACCCUGCGAGCACGGCCUCUGCAUCGACCAGGUCAACGCAUUCAAGUGCGUGUGUGAGCCAGGUUUCGAAGGCGACACUUGCGCAGUAAACACAGACGACUGUGCCUCUGCCCCGUGCCAGAACGGUGGCACUUGCACGGACUGGGUCAACGGCUUCUCGUGCGCCUGCAACCCUGGAUACACUGGCACCAACUGCGAAACAGAGAUGUCAACGGAUUUCGUCCUCGACUUCCCCACGUCAGGAAUUUUGGAUUACGCGGCCAUAGAAAAGAUUUCUGGUCCCAUGAACAGCUCGUCGGCGUGCUUCUGGAUGAAAACCGAUGAUCGUGACAACUACGGGACGCCCUUCAGCUACGCCACGGACUCCCAUGACAACGCCUUCACCGUCACUGACUACAGCGGUUUUGUGUUGUAUGUGAACGGCGACAAGCGCAUCACAGACGUCGGUGCCAACGACGGGCAGUGGCACUUUGUGUGUGUCACCUGGAAGAGCCUUAACGGUACUUGGGCCAUUUACCUGGACGGCAACCUGGCCGACAGCGGCACUGGAUUGGCACCGAAUACGACCAUAGAAGCCUCAGGGACACUGGUGUUAGGACAGGAGCAGGACCAGCGCGGCGGCAGCUACAGUCCCCAGGAGUCCUUCCGAGGAGAAAUCACGCUCUUGAACGUGUGGGACGAGGAGCUCUCGCUGGCCGACGUCGCAGGAACCUUCUCCCGCUGCGACAGAUACGUCGGGAGUUUCGCCGGAUGGCCGGACUUCCAAGCUGGGAUCAAGGGGCAGGUCAAGGUGAAGCCGUCAACCUUCUGUCGUGGCUGCGGCGUCCCAUCGAAGCCCAGCGACGGCCAGGUGCAGGUGAGCGGCGAAGGUGCAGGUGCAGUGGCAACCAUCGAGUGCGACCAAGGCUUCAAGUUGUACAGCGGCGACUCUGAGAGAACGUGCCUUGUGUAUGGCAUGUGGUCCGGUCCAGAACCGGAAUGUCGACGCGUUACGUGUGGCUUCCCUGGGUACCUGCUGAACGGACACGUGGAGGGCACCGCAUACAGCUUCGGGGACGCCGUCACCUACACAUGCAACCCCGGCUUCGUGCUCCGCGGCGUCGCCAUAACUGCAGAACUCCUCCCCGCAGUGAUCAAGUGUCCGGACCUCCACGCGGGUCCCAACGGCCAGGUGACCAGUCAUCUCGGGAACUACAUGCCCACCAACCAGAUAUCCUUCGCCUGCGAGGAAGGAUACCUGAUGGACGGGCCUGCGGUGCUCACUUGCGGCGGCGACGGAGAGUGGGACGGGGCUCCUCCAGCCUGCCAGUCGGAGGCUUGCGGGGAAAUGCCCAGCAUUGUGGAUGGAUACGCGGUGGGAGGCCCCGUCGUGCGGCCAGGGGAGCAGGUGGAGGUCAAGUGCAACCCAGGCUUCAAGCUGGACGGCGACCCCAUGGUCACGUGCAAGGACGACUUCACCUGGUCGCGGCCGCUCCCCAAGUGCAAGGUCCCCAAGUGCGAGAAGCCUCCGGCCGUCCUCAACGGCAGGGUCAAGGUGAGAGCCUCCUCCACCUCCAGGGAAGCCGUCUACAUGUGCGAGCCUGGCUUCGUCGUGGUAGGGGCAAAAACCCUUUCCUGUGAUGCUGAUGGCGAGUGGAGCGGGCCUUGGUCCACGUGUGAAGCACUGCCUUGCCCCAACCCUACUGUGCCUGCCCACGCCGUCGUGCCCGAAAAGGAUGUGUGGCGAGUAGGAGAUCUUCUGUCGUAUGAGUGCGAGUUGGGGUACCUUCUACAGGGGAACAGUCUCACCGAGUGUAUCGACAAUGGCGGUAAAGGCGAGUGGAAUGGUGUGGUUCCCAAGUGUGUGAUUGCUACGUGUUCGCCGCCCAGCAAGCCCGCGAAUGGGAUUGUUUCAGUCGUACACAGGCCGCAGGACGCUUCAGCUGGACACAAUACAUUGGUCCUUCCAACGGCGUCCGGGGAGUUUGAACUUCGUAGAAAACGCAGUCUAGAUUUUCCGAGUUUUCCGAGUAUUGGUCAGUCUAGUUCUGACAAGGACCCUGACUGGGUGCCGGAUGGUUAUGAUUAUGAUUACUCGCAUGGUACUGGUCAAUCUUCGCUCGAUUAUUCUGAUUAUUCACAGAACACAGGCCAGUCAACCACAGACUAUGAUUAUACUGGGCAGAAACCAGGUGGCUUUGAGUUACAAAGUGCUGGGGGUUCUGAUUAUGAAGACUUCGGUCAGCAAGCAGGUGGCUUAGACUUUUCUCAAACUACAGGACAGUCUUCUAAUUAUGACGACUUUGGUCAGCAAGCAGGUGGCUUCGAUCUUUCUCAAAGUGCAGGACAGUCUUCUGAUUAUGAAGACUUUGGACAACAAAGUGGCUUUCAGUUAGGGACAAGUCAGUCCACAGAUUUUGACUACAUUGGGCAGAAUACAGGUCAGACAUUUACAUCGUAUGAAGACUUGUCUCAGUCUAGUACGCAACAAAAUGCUGGUGGUCUCAGUCAGGUACAAAAGGGCGACUAUGUAUAUGGUGUAGAAGUUGAAUAUGACUGCAGUCUUGGAUAUAAACUCCUUGGUGCCCGAAGAAGACACUGCACGGAAACAGGUGACUGGGAUUCACCAGAACCUCGAUGUUACGAACAGUUCUGCUCUGAGUUACCCCCUGUGCAGAAUGGAUAUAUUGUUUACCAUGGGUCUGGUGUUAAUAGUCAAGCAGAAUAUGUAUGCAAUCCUGGCUACAGCCUUGUUGGGGCAGACUUUCAACUCUUGUGCCAGAUGAAUAAGACAUGGCUGGGAGAGAUACCCACUUGCGAGAUCAUGGACUGUGGAGAUCCACCGGAUAUCGGGAACGGAACUCUCUCAUUCUCAACAACUACAUAUGGUUCUAUGGUAUCAUAUGACUGCUUCUUUGGGUUUGUGUUAGAGGGAAGCUUUGAGCGAUACUGUGGAGCUUUCGGCUUCUGGAACGGCUCUAGUCCUCGCUGUAUUGCUGUUACCUGUGACCCACCUGAGGUGAUUGAAAAUGGUUACAUAAGCUUUGAUGGGAGCCUGUUUGUAGGUUCCCCAAUAGAGUACGAGUGCAAGGUUUGUUACAAGUUGAAUGGGACACGCUACAGAACCUGCAAUACAGAUGGGACAUGGACCCUAGAGGAACCAAGUUGCAACAGAAUAUACUGUAGUGAAAUUCCUGCUAGCAUCCCAAAUGGGCGAGUUAUAGGUGAUGAUAAUUCCUGUGGCUCACUCGUGGAAUACGAGUGUUCUCCUGGGUAUCGCAGAAAUGGCAGGCGGAAUGCUACAUGCCUGGAGAGUGGAAAAUGGAGUUCAGAAAUGCCAGCAUGCGAGAGGAUCAGCUGUGGACCACCACCUCUUUUGGCAAAUGGUAAUCACAUAGGUCAGUCAUAUGAUUUCACAGACAAAAUUACUUUUGAGUGUAAUGAAGGCUACCUCAUGACUGGACCCAAGUUACGUGUUUGUCAAGCAGACGGUACCUGGUCCGAGUCCUCUCCUGUGUGUAACAUUGUAAAUUGCACCAAGCCUCAAGGGCCCUCGAAUGCAAAGGUACGCCUAAGUGGUCUGUUCUUUGGGUCUUCUAUUGAGGUGGUGUGCAAUCCAGGCUACAGCAUGGAUGGGGACAAAGACUUAAUGUGUAAUGCGGAUGGAAACUGGGAUAAGGAAAUGCCACACUGCCUGCCAGUGAUUUGCCCACCUGCUCCCCAACUACCAUAUGCGACUUACAAUUCGAGUGAGAAACAAUUCGAAGCCUUCACUGUCUUAAAAUAUACCUGUGAAAGUGGAUAUCGUUCUGCAGGACCAAAUGACAUCUUAACAUGUGGAACUACAGGUGAAUGGGAAGGUGAAGUAAUUCAAUGCCAGCCUGUGGACUGUGGGCAUCCUGGUACUCUACCCAAUGGUGACAUUGAUGGGAGUAAUUACACCUUCGGUGGCGUGGUUACCUUCACCUGCAAGACAGGUUACAAGCUUUUGGGUUCCCCAACAGCCGAGUGUUUAGCUGAUGGCUCCUGGAGCAAUUAUGUUACUUCCUGUAUUCAGAUCUUAUGCCCAUCCCCACUACAGAUUGCAAAUGGAAAGAUAGUGUCAGGUGGCAGUGGCAGUGCAUUUGGUGCUACCGUAACAUAUGAAUGUGGCCCCGGAUACAUAAUGACUGGUGAUGCCACCCGGACGUGUACAGACAGCGGUUCCUGGACUGGAGAUAACCCACAGUGUAAACCAGUGACGUGUCCAGAGCCAUUCGAGGCUAUGAAUGCUGAGAGAGAGGGUGACAUUUUCGAGUUCGGCCACAGCAUCAAAUACAAAUGUAUGGAAGGCUUUACAAUGCAGGGCGAGGAUGAGAUAACCUGCGAAGCGGAUGGAACAUGGUCAGAUGCUAUCCCUGUAUGUGAGAUGGUGACCUGUUCUACCAUACCGGAUAUUGAACAUGGUAGAUGGGAACUCAGAUCUUUGGGCGAAGUACCCAUCAAAACAGAGCCUAUUACUGCCAAGGGCCAUGCUAAGGGGCGUACCAAAAAUCAUGGAACCGUCGCUAAAUCCGCCAAACUCCAGGAACUCUUGCAGAAUGCGGGCGAUGAAGGCAUCAUUCACAAUUUCGGUGACCUGGUCGAGUUCGAAUGCGACCCGGGUUAUGCUAUGGCCACCAGUUCAUUACUUGAGUGCACCGAGCAAGGCUGGAGUGCCCCAGUGCCCCAGUGCCACCCCAUCAUAUGUCCCAUCCCUAUCCAGAUCCCCCAAGGAAGUAUUACAGGCAGCACUUACACCUUCGGCAGUACAAUCACUUACACGUGCGAGGAAGGAUACGAAUUAGUCGGGGAGAGCGUCAGGACCUGUCAGGAAAACAAAGAGUGGAAUGGCACGGAGCCGUUCUGCAAGGAGGUCGAGUGCCCGCGGCCGGCUCCCCUGGACGACGGACAGACCAUAGGCACUGACAUUACGUACCAGUCCAUCCUCUCCUACGUCUGUGACCCAGGGUUCAAAUUGGAAGGGGUUAAAACUAGGACGUGCGGCAGCGACGGACACUGGACGGACGAACAGCCAACUUGCGUCGAGGUGUUCUGUUCUCUCCCUGACGAAGUGGCCCACGGCACGAGGAAUAUCAUCAGCCUGAGGGUAGGCGGUACAGUGAGGUACACCUGCAUGGAGGGCUACCGCAUGGAGGGCGCGGCGACACUCAACUGCGCCAACGACGGCGUGUGGGACGCGACCGCUCCAAGGUGUGUGCAGGUGGACUGCGGCCCCCCGCCCUCCGCCGCCUUCGUCGUCAGCCAUGGCGACUACACCGUGUACGGCUCGAAGGUGAGCUUCGGGUGCGAGCGAGGCUACCGCGCCGAGGGCCCCGAGUGGACCACCUGUCUGCAGUCCGGCAACUGGAACAACGAGCCGCCCGAAUGCCAGCUGGUCGUGUGCCCGCCUCCCGCUGCCCCUGCGCACGGGCGCGUGCUGGACCGGGAUGAAGACGAUGACUCCCCGGAAGGGCGAGAAAUCGAGGAGAUGCUUCCGACCAUCCCGAGGAAGGGCGGGACGAAGACGAGGAAGACCAAGAAGGGGAAGAAAGGGCGUGGAAAGGCACCGGCAAGACUCGUGGCUCAAGAUUACCGCGUAGACGACGUAGUGACGUGGGCUUGUGACGAAGGGUUCAGUGCGUUUGGAGACACGAACGCCACCUGCGGCGUGGACGGCACGUGGUCCUCGACGCCCCCGAGAUGCAGGAGAAUCUUCUGUGGAAUCCCCACUCUGCCUGACUAUGCCAACGUCAAGGGCGACGACUUCCUAUAUGGAGCCAACGUCACGUAUUCCUGUAGGGAGGGAUACGAACUGAAUGGAGAGAGCGUCCUGACUUGUACUGCCAGUGGCAAGUGGAGCGCCGAAACACCCACCUGCCAGCCGGUGUCCUGCGGGCCACCCACGCUCACGCCGAACACACGAGUCACUUACAUUCUUCCCGAACACAACCAGCAACAUAGCUUCGGUUCCACAGCCUCCUAUUUCUGUCGGGAGGGCUACGAACUUAUCGGCGCGCAGUACCAGGUGUGCGAAGUGAACGGCGAGUGGGUGGGAGGCUCCCACACCUGCGUGGAAAGGCUCUGCGAGGAAUCCCCGUCGCUGGCUUUCGGCUCCGUUACGAGGGACGACAAAACGCAGCCGCAGAAGGUCUACUUCUCCUGUCUGCCGGGAUACAACCUCGUGGGCGACAGCUUCGUGACUUGCAGUCUGGGGAAAUGGCAAGAUUACAACACGACCUGCCAGCCCGUCAACUGUUACGAGCCCGAAAUCCCGAGCUACGGCAAGAUCACCGCCAAGCACUUCACCUUCGGCAGCGUGGCCAACUACUCGUGCGUGUACGGCUACAUGCUCGUCGGGAACCCGUCGGUCGAGUGCGACGUCGACGGCACGUGGAAGGGGGCGAUGCCGGUGUGCCAGCCCGUGGACUGCGGCGUGCCGGAGGCUCCGGCAAAUGGCCAGGUGGAGUCGACCUAUACUGACCUGGGUGCUGAGGCGCUGUACCACUGCGACACAGGCUACGAGCUCUUCGGCAACGACACGAGGACCUGCAACGCCAACGCGAGCUGGAGCGGCAACCUCCCGCAGUGCCACCGCGUGGAUUGCGGCGAAGUGAAGCCGCCUCACAGGGGCUUCGUGAUGGGCGCCACGACCCUCUACGGAGAUCGCGUCAAGUUCGCCUGCGAGAAAGGCUACGUCCUGCGCGGCCAGGACGAGGCGACGUGCAACGAAUCCGGCGUCUGGUCCUCGGUGGUCCCCGCCUGCGAGCGCGUGCGUUGCGUCGACCCCCAGGUCCCCCCCAACGCCGAACUGCCACCGUCUGCCCCGAGGACCUACGUCUACCAGGACCGCGUUCACUUCCGGUGUAAGGAGGGCCACCUGAUGCGAGGGAAGCUCUCCUCUACCUGCUUGGACUCCUCGCUGUGGUCUCCUGUGAGCGGCCAGUGUAGCAGAAUCUCGUGUGGGCAGCCGAAGGUGAAGGAAGGAGGCGUCGUGAUCCGCGGGAGGUACUAUUACCAGGACCGAGUGGUAUACCGGUGCCCUUCGGGCAAAGUUCCCAAUGGAACCAAAGUGCUGACGUGCCAGGCUGACGGCACGUGGUCGGGAGUGGCAGCGUGUGUGAAGAAAUGUGCCAAACGGUGCCUCAACGGUGGCAUCUGCCUCAACAACAUCUGCUCUUGUCCGCCGGGUUAUCAAGGCAACAGAUGUCAGCAUGCCCAAUGCCCGUUGCCCUGCCUGCACGGGGGCAUCUGUACGGGUCCUCAUCGCUGCACCUGCAUCCCAGGAUACACCGGGCCCCGUUGCGAAACGUACGUGUGUGAAAACGGCUGCGGCGACCAAGGGACGUGCAUCGGCCCCAACGUGUGUCACUGCGACCGCGGCUACGUAGGGCCCGCUUGCGACGCGGAAGACUACGACUACUACCGAGGGUAGCAGACUCCUCGCAGCUCAGGCCCCUUUAGCCCCCUCGAAGCGGUCCUCAGGCACUUUCAAGAAAGGACGGAAAGAGAGAAAAAAUAUAAUGAUCUAAGUGUCCUACCAACCGAGGACAUUUCUUCACGUAGAAAUAAAGCUAAAUAACGCAUAGGUCUUGUACUGUUUUGACGAUAAACAAAUCUCUCAAGUAUUGUGUACUAAUAAAACGCGGCUCUUUACUUCAUAGCAGAGUAGAUUACAGGAUAUUAGCUACAUUUCUGUAUAUAGUAUUCUCAUAAUGGACGUUCAUGUAUUGUAUCACUAGUUAUGCAGUGAGGAAAACCUGUAGUCAUUAUCAAAGAUAAUUGUACGAUAAAACAUGUCA